CUGUUCAAAACAUUUUUUCCAGACAGUUUCAAGCUGUGUAGAAAUAGAUUUCAGGGAAAGGAGAAGUGAUUUCCUCACAGUUGGCCAGAAAAAAAAGAUUUCAUGGAUCAAGGAAGUCAUUUGCGUCCAGGAGAAGAUGAAGAACUUUCAAUCCUCAUCGGUCACACGUUGCUAGGGCUCCAGGAUUCCUUCGUCAGGGUGAUGUCACGUGCCCGUCAGAGAGUUAUGGAGGGCUUUAUGGUGUUCUCUAUUGUUGUCUUGCUCCUCUGGAUCGCUGCCUUUUUAUACUCCGGCUUCUACUACUCUUACAUGCCCAAGGCGGCUUUUUCCUCACCUGUGCACUAUUACUACAGGGCAGACUGUGAAUCUCCUGCCUCUUUUUUGUGUUCUUAUCCAGUGGCCAACGUCUCUUUGAUGAGAAAUCAGAAACAUGUGCUGACAUUCGGCCAGGCUUAUCGGAUGUCUCUGCAACUGGAGAUGCCUGAUUCUCCGACCAACCGGGAGCUGGGGAUGUUCAUGAUCAAGACAACCUGUUUCUCUCAGGAUGGACAGCAAGUUGCCUCCUCUGCUCGCUCUGCAAGACAACUGCUGUCCGCCUCCAGCUCUCGCUUUAGCAUGCUGCGAUACCGUUCAGACCUGCUGAUGUACCUGAGAACGCUGGUGUUCCUCCCGGCCUUUCUGACCGGAGUUGCUGAGCAGGAACAAGUGCUGGAGGUGGAGCUCUUCUCAGAGUACACCGACGACCCUUAUGCCCCCUCGGUCACAGCCGUCAUUGAGAUCUUGUCCAACAAGGUGCAGAUCUAUUCAUCUCAGCUCUAUAUUCAUGCUCACUUCACUGGUAUAAGACACUUGUUGUUCAACUUCCCUCUCCUGUCAGCCCUGGUGGGAGUGUCCAGUAACUUCAUCUUCCUCAGUCUCCUCUUUGUACUAAGCUACUUGAGGCUGCUGUUCAGAGUUGAUCUAGGAGUAGAGCAGCUCAGAACAGACGGACUGCUGUCAAAUAGGGACAGGAACUUGAACAUCAACCAACAUGAGGAUGCUGCUGCAGGUGCUGCAGAGCUGAUGGGUCCUCUCCAGAUGACCCCUACAAAUCUGAGCCAGGAGAGGACCCAUCUGUAAUUUGGCGACAACAAAAAGAUGCAGAAAAAGACAGAUUCACUAAUAGAUUCAAAUGAA